UUUUCCGGGUGGUCACAAAACAAUUUAUUAUCACUAUUGUCUUUCAGCGUGAGAUUUCUUGUUGCUGCCCCCUUCCGAUUUUCCCCGUGGAUAGCUAAGGAGGAGGAGGUACCGAUUGAAGAUGGGCAGAGCCAAAGGCCAGGCUUUCAAGGAAGAAUUUCCAUUCGAGGAAAGGCGGCAAGAAUCGCAGGAAGUUAUAGCCAAAUAUCCCGAUCGAGUACCUGUUGUCGUUGAAAAAUUCGCAAAAUCUGAUCUUCCGGAGAUGGAGAAGAAGAAGUUCCUGGUGCCUCGGGACAUGUCUGUUGGCCACUACAUCCACAUCCUCAGCGGCAGGCUCCACCUUGCUCCUGGGAAAGCUCUCUUUGUAUUUGUGAACGAUACAUUACCACAAACAUCGAGUGUGAUGGAGACGCUGUAUGAUUCAUACAAGGACGAUGAUGGGUUUCUCUACAUGUGCUACAGUAGUGAGCAGACCUUUGGAUGCACCUGCUGCGGCACCUUUAUCUGACUGAAUAUGUGGGAAAAUCAUGCGUGCAUCUGUGUGUACAUAUGUAAAAGAUCUCCCCCGUCACCUUUGCUGUAAUGUGCCUUCCUUCUUUAUGCAUGCAAUAACUGACAGAUGCAUGGCUUUCUUAUGCCCAUUGCUAUUUGUAUCUUGUGAGCUCCCAAAUGAUCAUGAUCAUGGGUUGGCUUUUAUGCCUAGUUGUUAAUUGUAUCUUUUGAGCAUCUUUUAUGCGAA